AUGUCCGCGAUCAUAAGUACAGGACCUGACUCACCAGGAGUAAAUUACCCCAUCUCUGCCAAUGCCAUUACACUCCCAAUAUUCUCGAUAAUCUUUAUACUACUUCUCAUCGUUCCAUUCCGACUCCUCUACCGCGUCAGCAAUAUAGCCGCCUGCUCUCUCGUCAUAAUAAACAUGAUUUCUCUAAUUUUUGUCGCCAUGAAUGCUCUCAUUUGGCCUACCGACUCCCUCGCCUCUCGAUUCUCUGGUCAUGUAGUCUGCGAUAUUCAAGUACUGAUCCGUCAAGCCCUCUACACAGCUAUGACCUCAACAACAUGUUGCAUAUCUUUGUUCCUAGCAAGAGCGGUCAAUACGGAUAAUGCGUGUAUGCAUGAAACUCGGGCGAUGAAAAGAAGAAGAGUAGCGAAAGAUUGUGCUUUUUGUUUUACAAUUCCGAUCUUACAAGUAGCGCUACAUUACACAAUACAAACUAACAGGUUCAUGGUUAUGACAAUUUAUGGAUGUGUGGAUGCGACAGAUUUGAGUUCGCCAAGUAUCGUUAUUCUGCAUAUUUGGCCACUCAUUUUUGCAUGUAUGAAUUGUUAUUUUGCUUUUCUAGUGAUUUAUCGUCUCCGCCGGCAUCGCACAAAUUUUACCAGUACUCUUUCCUCUUCCUCUUCGGGACUCAGUCCUCGCCGCUUCUUUAAACUUUUUUCAAUGUCCCUCAUAAUUCUCUUGAUAUAUUUUCCAGUCGUCAUAUAUUAUUUCUAUCUUAAUGUCAGCUGGCCUUUACAUGCAUAUUCUUGGUCAUAUAUCCAUGAUCCUUCAUAUUGGCACUCGAUAGUCUUUUGGAGGAUUGUAGAUGCACCGAAAGGUAUGCAAUAUGAUGCAUGGAAUUGGGUUGCUUUAGCUUUUUUAAUUGUGGUAUUCUGGGGUUGUAAUAGUGAGGGAUUGGAGAUUUAUAGAAGGGGGCUAAAUAAAUUGGGGUUGGCGAGGUGUUGGCCGAGAUUGAGGAUGAGUACGCAUGAAAGAAAGGCGGAGAAGAUGGAGAGGGAUAGUAGGAUAGGAAUAAGUAGUGGAAGUGUUAAUGGGAGUUGGGCAGGUAAAUUUGAUUUGAUUACUAAGACUAUUCAUUAUUUCGAGGAUCAGGAGGCGAAGAGUAGGAAACACAGCGUGGCUACCACGACUACGUUGGGCGAUGAAGUAACGAAUACCACAAGCCGCAAGCCUUCUCAUACCCCAGCCUAUGACUCCGUCAACUCCAGUAACUCGGCUUGUAACUCCCACAAUACAACCGGCUACAAUCCAUCGCUCCACAAACCUUCCAACGCGACAACCUUCGAAACUAUAAUCGAGAAAGAGACUUCCAUCUCAUCUACAUCUACUACUUGUGACAAUUCAGAUGCUAUCUCCCCGCUUCCGAGGAUGCUGGGCCCAAAUAAUGCCAACUCGCAUUUUCCAGAUCAUGAGUUAGGGGGGAGGGAGGAUACAAUCCCGCCGCCCACUUCAACAAGGAUGUGGGGAAUCUUUAGAAAACAUCUCAAUCCACUUUCUCUAGCUUCUUCAUUUGUCUAUGGCAAGAAAGCAAAUAGUCAGGACUCAAAUGCUCGUUAUCAUUCACACUCCAAAUCAAACUCAGCAGUCCAUCCAAACGCAAAUCUAGACCCAACCAUCGCAAAUCAGAAUUCAACACAUACAACGCAAAUAUGGGCUGCUGGUGCUCUACAAGACCCGAAUGAUUUACAUAAAGGAUCAAAUGCAGGGCUAUCGGUUACUGGGGACUCGACUAAAUCUUUGCGUGAUUAUGCAAAUGAGGAAGAACAUGAUCAACAUGACCUUCUUGCGAAACCAAAACCGGGAACUAGAGCUUAUAGGGAGAGAGAAAGACGAGAAAUGAUUUCCGAGAGGCAAGAGAGAAAGAAGGUAAUGGAGAAGAAGAUAAGUGGGCCGGAUGAGCAGGGAAAUAAGAACAGAGGCAGAGUAGGCGAGGGAUUGAAUGUUGAACGGACUUUUGAUAUUGUGGAAGAAAGAAAUAUUGGAAGAGCGAGUGGUUCUUGA